AUGGCUAUAACGUGGAAGAAACUGAAGAUUCUUCUAGCUGGAUCUUAUGGCAAGGUUUAUUUGACAGCUCCAGUGGAGUCAUCAACUCUUUCAGCAUUGGCAGCUGUGAAAUCUGCUGAUGCUUGCCAUUCCUCAGCUUUACUAGAAGAGGGUUUGUACUUGAGUGAGCUGAGAGGACACCCCAAUAUUAUCCAGUGUUUCGGGCAUGAUAUCAGCACUGAAAAUGGUGAAGAUGUCUACAAUCUGCUUCUCGAGUACGCGGCCGGGGGCUCCCUUCAUGACUUGAUCAACAAGAAUAAAGGUACUAUACCCGAAUCCCUUGUGGCUUGUUACACUUUUAUAACACUCAAGGGUCUCUCUGCUAUUCAGGAAGUACAUAUUGUCCACCGUGAUAUCAAACCUGGGUUCUUAGCUCCUUGUGCAGGCAAUUCACAGGCUUCCAUUGAUGUGCUUGACAACAGUAGAGAGGAAGGAGAAGAACAAGCAAUUCUGGAAAUGAAAGAGGCCUUUAACAGUGAAGAAGGGCAAGAUUCUUGGGGCUGGAUCGUUAUGGGAGGGUUUACUUGGCUUUGCACCAGCGGAUUUUCUUCACCAUCGCCUCCAUUAGCCGCCGUGAAGUCAGCUGAAAUAUCAAUCGCUCAGAAAACUUUGGCAGAAAAGAGGCGGAUGUUCUGUACAAUUGAGGGCGAGCGCAAACAUCAUCCCAUUGCUUUGGCGAGACAUAAAGCACGGAAAAAGAGUAAAGAGUCCUAUAAUCUCUUCUGGAGUAUGCGCCGCCGUUUGAAAUCAUUAGCAUGUGGUUGUAAGGCAUCAGGUGAUAUAUGGUCCUUGGGCUGCAUUGUCGUAGAGAUGAUAACUGGCGAACCAGUCUGGUCGUGUCGCACUAUAGGAGAACUGGUAAGUAAAAUUCUGUAUGAGAAACCUAAGAUACCAGAAAACCUUUGUGAGGAGGGAAAAGAUUUCUUGGCGAGAUGUUUUGAAGCAACUGUUCCCAAGAGAUGGACAGCAGAAGAAUUAUUGGAUCAUCCCUUCAUUGUCAAAAACCUGAAGUUCUUAGAUGAUGGAAGUCGUCUUUCCUCUGGUCAAUGUUAUCAGAUGAACCCUUUUGGCUUUGUUGACUCGGUUUCUACCCUUGAUUUGUUUUCAACUUCUUCGUUGGAGCCUCAAUGCAGCCCUUUUGAGUCUUGGUGCCGAGUGACAGACAACGAGACAGAAGAAUCCCGACCUUCCUGUUGUCUUCCCAGUGAAUCAUUCAAGUUGGAGGAGAAAUUAAAAAAUAUCCAUGUGUUCUGAUCGAGCUGUUUCGAAGAUUAUUAUUAUUCUGAUCUUUCUUGCAGGACUUUUUUUCCCCUGUAGGACUUUGAAUGUGAAGAAGACCUUUAUCACGCUGAUCUUUCUUAUAGGAUUUUGAAUGUAACUAUUCUACCUGGUCAUCAACGAAGAUAUCUAUAUUUGAUCUAAUGUUGAUCAGCUUAUUGUUUUGUUUUGUGUGAUUGCUGAGUUCAAAGUUGGGAAACAAGUAGUAACGUCUUGUGUACAGCUAUUCCACGUAAUAUAGGGGGAUUCAUUGUUCAUUAUUACUGAAAAAAAUAUGCAGCAAUUUUUGGUUU